AUGGAUCUGGUCCACAGCUGGGGGGUCGAGCUGGUGUUGCACCUGCAGACCACAUACAGUAGCUAUGAAGGCCUGUUCAGUCUAGCUUCUACCGUGGCGGACCUGCACACCACCUACUUCUACUUCUUCCCCAUAUGGUUUCAUCUGCGGCGGGAGACAGGGCUCCGGCUCAUCUGGGUCGCUGUCAUCGGGGAUUGGAUCAAUCUGGUCCUCAAAUGGAUCCUUUUUGGAGAAAGGCCAUAUUGGUGGGUUCACGAGACAAACUUCUAUGGGGCAAGAGCAGCCCCUUUGUUGCAGCAGUUCCCGAUUACAUGUGAAACUGGACCAGGAAGUCCCUCAGGUCAUGCGAUGGGUGCCGCAGGGGUCUGGUAUGUGAUGGUGACAGCCAUACUUGCUAUGGCAAAGGACAGACAAUGUCCUCCAUCUCUGUACAAAGUUCUAAAUGUGGUUCUGUGGGUACUCAUGGGCUUGGUGGCCCUGGUGGUGUGCAUGUCCAGAGUCUACAUGGCUGCCCACUUCCCACAUCAAGUGAUCGCCGGGAUCAUCACAGGCACAUUGGUGGCCGAAGUCCUUUCAAAAGUAAAAUGGAUCUACAACGCCAACUUGAGGAUAUACACAUUGACCACAAUUCUCUUGACCACCUUUGCUGUGGGCUUCUACGUUUUGCUCAAAGCUCUGGGUGUGGACCUUCUGUGGACCCUGCAGAAGGCCCAGAGGUGGUGCGCCAGGGCCGAGUGGGUGCACAUGGACAGCACACCUUUCGCCAGCCUCCUACGGAACAUGGGUAGCCUGUUGGGCCUUGGGCUGGGCUUGCACUCACCGUCUUUGCAUGGCACCUCCAACGCUUUCAAAGCAGGCAGUAUAGUCAUCUCUCUAGCCCUACUUAGGCUCUUGGACUCGUGGACAUUUCCUUCUGAAAAUCUGGUAGCUUUCUACUGCUUGUCCUUUGGUAAGAGCACAGUUGCACUUUUAAUCCCUACCAUGUUGGUCCCGCGAGCUCUCUGCUGGAUGAACUUGAGAGGCAGAGGCAGUAAGAGCUUGUGA